AUGCCUACCCUCGGCUUCCUCAAGAAAAAACGGACGAGGGAGGCCAAUCAGGACUCUCAAGGCUCCAGUCUACCCACCAGCCCGGUAACGCCUACCUCAUCGAAGCCCUUUGACAGUUCCAUCUCGACCACUAUUUCCUCGCUGUCAUCCAAUUCCCAGCACGGGCUGAAGCAGCACGACGAUCCGGCUUCGUCCGAGGCGGCGAAGCAGCAGCAGAUGUACCCCGUCACCGUCCAUCCGCCCAGCCAGCCACCCUACAACCACCCUGCCGGAUCGCAGCAGAACCUCCCCAGCAUCAACAACCUAAUCAACCCGACUCAGCAAGACGGUUCAAACAACGGCCAUAACUACCUAGCCCAGCCGACCCAAUCCUCCCAGCCGAACCCGAGCCCCGGAACCGAUCCAGCCAGACUGCAACAGCAGCAAGCCCAGUCGAUGCUGCACCCGCCGCCGCCGCAGCAGCAGCAACAGCAGCAACAACAGCAACAACAACAACAACAACAACAACAACAACAGUUCGGCAUGCAGCAGCAGGCGGUGGACCAGCAGGUCCGUCAGACCAAGGGGAAAUAUACAUUGACCGACUUUGACAUCCUGCGGACGCUGGGGACUGGUAGUUUCGGAAGAGUGCACCUGGUUCAGUCCAAACACAACCAGCGCUUCUAUGCCGUCAAGGUGUUGAAGAAGGCGCAGGUCGUCAAGAUGAAGCAGGUCGAACACACCAAUGACGAGAGGAAGAUGCUGGGCGAAGUCAAGCACCCCUUCCUGAUCACGUUGUGGGGCACGUUCCAGGACUCCAAGAACCUGUACAUGGUGAUGGACUUUGUUGAAGGUGGUGAGCUGUUUUCGCUGCUAAGAAAAUCCGGGCGCUUCCCUAACCCUGUCGCGAAAUUCUACGCCGCCGAAGUCACGUUAGCACUCGAAUAUUUGCACUCGAGGAACAUCAUCUACAGAGAUCUCAAGCCCGAGAAUCUGCUGCUCGACCGGCAUGGGCACCUGAAGAUAACAGAUUUUGGUUUUGCCAAGCGAGUGCCAGACAAGACAUGGACGCUUUGCGGUACCCCCGACUACUUGGCGCCCGAGGUCGUCUCGAACAAGGGUUACAACAAAUCGGUAGACUGGUGGUCUCUGGGAAUUUUGAUAUACGAGAUGCUGUGCGGGUACACGCCGUUUUGGGACAGCGGGUCGCCAAUGAAGAUCUACGAAAACAUCCUCAAGGGCAAGGUGAAGUACCCUGCCUACAUCAACCCGGAUGCCCAGGACCUUCUGGAGAAACUGAUCACGGCGGAUCUCACCAAGCGGUUGGGUAACCUGUAUGCCGGACCGAACGAUGUCAAGAACCAUCCGUGGUUCACGGAGGUUACGUGGGACAGGCUCGCCCGCAAAGACAUUGACGCACCCUACACGCCCCCGGUCAAGGCCGGCGCGGGUGACGCUAGCCAGUUCGACAGGUAUCCUGAGGAUCCCGAACGAUACGGCUCAUCCGGACACGACGAGUGGGUUCGCCCCCUUGAAUACGGCCAUCUAUUCACCGAUUUCUAA